AUGCUGCUGGACUCGGAUGACCGUCGUCUAGACGCAGCACUGAGAGACGCUGAAGAAGGUUUCAAUGUGUGCACUGUCUGCAGCUUCGAGAAUUUCAAGCGCUUCAAGUUUUGCACAGUAUGUGGAGAGGACCUUGUCAACAACGAACCGGAUGAAGAUCGUAAUACCGGUUCCAGCAAGAAACACUCAACGAGGUUGUCGUUCUUACCGCUACUUAAACAUGAAAACAAGGUGGAGCUUGGUACCACGACUCCUCCAGAGCAAACAGCAACAACUCGGCGGCGUCUGCGUGCUCAGCGACGCAAAGAAUGGACCAGGAAAAUAGACGUUGACGGCCGUGUGUACUGGUUCAGAGAUGGUCGGUGGGAAGAUACGCAGUUCACGGUGCUCCUUGCGAACUUCCGGUCCAAGUCUGCGAUUGAUUCAAGCUCAUCGUCAGUGAAGCAACUCAUGGCGGCAUUGAUUGGGGUCGACAUCGAAGAGGAGCCGCCUACCACUGUUGGAGAAGAGAAAUUGUCACUACCAGCGUCAGAAUGUGAAAUCAAUACUUUGGAGCACUUGCGGCUUAAUGUAGAGCGUACAAAUGUGUUCGAGGAUUCGAUGGAAUCUCUGGCAAUGAUCCCGCUUCAGAAUUUGCACUCUGUCCUGCGCAUUUAUUUUCUGGAUGUAGAAGACUUCGACCCAGAAGUGUACGCAAAUUUAAGGUGGCUACUAGACAAUGAGAAUGUCGAGUCGAUUGGACUCUUUUUCACCACGACUGUCAAGGAGGGGGACAGAUACCGAGAUAUAGAGCUCGUGCCAGGUGGAAACGCCAGCGCAGUCACUGACAGCAACAAGCGCGAGCACAUCGAGCGCAAAUGGCAGCACCUGCUAGUGGAGAGCGUGGCACCGCAGUUGCAAGCCUUUCUUCGUGGUUUGUACGAAGUCGUCCCUCGUGAGCUGCUUCUACUCUUCGAUCCAGAGGAGUUUGAUUUUCUAUUGUGUGGAUCUGAUGAAAUUGACGUCGAAGACUAUUUGCGCAAUACAAAAUACUCGGAAGAUCUACAUCAUCAUCGCUUACUGAUUUGGUUUGGGGAGCUGGUUCGCGAAAUGCCGAAGCAAUACCGUCGCCGAUUGCUGCAGUUCUCCACAGGCUCAUCACGCGUACCCCUUGGUGGUUUUACUUACUGGCUAACAACCCAACCUUGCUGGACGAACGACACCCUCACACUGGCCGCACAGCUCUGCAGCAUGCAUCCGCUUGCGACGCCCACGACGUCGUCCGCUUUCUUCUUCGGAAUGGAGCAGGUGCCCUCGUGA